UCUGGCGUCCGGCCGGCGCAGGAUGGCGGCUCUGAGGAGCUUCCUGUCGCGGAGCGUAGCCUCCUUCUUCAGGUACAGGCAGUGUGUUCCUGUCGUGGCGAACUUUAAGAAGCGCUGCUUCUCAGACUUGAUAAGACCAUGGCACAAAACUGUGGCAGUUGGACUUGGUGUGACCCUGUGUGCAGUUCCUAUUGCACAGAAAUCGGAGCCUCAUUCUCUUAGUAAUGACGCAUUAAUGAGGAGGGCUGUGUCUUUGGUAACAGAUAGCACCUCCACCUUUCUCUCUCAGACCACAUAUGCAUUGAUUGAAGCAAUCACUGAAUAUACUAAGGCCGUUUAUACUUUAAUUUCUUUGUACCGACAAUAUACAAGUUUACUUGGGAAAAUGAGUUCACAGGAGGAAGAUGAAGUGUGGCAGGUGAUCAUAGGAGCCAGAGUUGAGAUGACUUCAAAACAACAAGAAUACUUGAAGUUGGAAACCACGUGGCUGACUGCACUUGGUCUUUCAGAGAUGGCGGCAGAAGCUGCAUACCAAACUGGAGCAGAUCAGGCCUCGAUAACUGCCAGGAAUCAUAUUCAGUUGGUGAAGUCGCAGGUACAGGAAAUGCGUCAGCUGUCCCAGAAAGCAGAGACCAAGUUGGCAGAAGCACAGACAGAGGAGCUCCGUCAGAAAACACAGGAGGAAGGGGACGAGAGGGCCGGGCCGGACCAGGAGGCCUACCUGCGUGAGGACUGAGUGCCCGGCUGCUGCCCACGUCUGCCGGCUCCGCCUGGGGAAAUCCCUGCACGGAGAGGACACAGCAGGUCCUGCCCUGGCCCAUUAGGCCGGAGUGAGCUGGGAGCGCCUGGCCCCAUCCCCCUCCCCCCGCCCCCGUGGACCUGGUUCUUAGCCCUGGGGCACUGCACCCUGUUUAACAUUUGACCCCAAUCUGCACAGCUUCCCAUGCACCCAUCUUUUUCCCUCUCACCCAGAGGGCAUCUCAGCAGCCUGGCCAGAGAGAGGGGUCCUUUUUUGUCAUGCCCACAGACAAGUUCAGUAGCUGUUUAACUUCCAUUUCCAGUCUUAUAUUUUCAAAUAUGAUUUAGUCUUUGCUCCCCCCAUAGGAAUGUGCAUUUUGGGGGGGGGGGGGGAAGAGGAGCUUGUUUAUAAGAUUUCUUUUUAAGUGUUUCUAAUGCCUUCUGUGAUCUGGCCCCAUUGCCUGUAAGGACAGCUGAAGCCCAGGAGCCAAAAGUCCAGUAUUCUUAAGGAACUGAAAGCAGAGCGUUUACCUGGUGCUCAACAGGACAUGUUCCAACACAUGCUUCUUGUUUCCUUCUUUCCUUCGAGUUUCUCUAUUGUAUCUGAAGGAGAAUAAUUUUUUUUUUGUUUUACAUUUCAAAAAGAACAUGUUUGUG